CGACCGCCUCUAGUCGGCGACGGACCGCGGGCUCCGUUCAGUUCCUGAGCGUGGAGCGGACGGGAUGGCGGUGGGACGCGGCGUCCCGUGGCUGUGCGCCCUCCUGCUGCCGCUCGCGGCCUGGGUGGACGUGGCGCUUGGCGUGGCCCCGUGUGACGUGACCGAGUACCAGCCGGAGGACAGCAACCUCUGCUGCCGCCUCUGCCCCGCUGGCCAGUACGUCUUCAAACCGUGCAGGGCGAACCAUACCGCCGGCGAGUGCCGCGUCUGUGAAACCGGCACCUUCCUCGCCUUCCCUAAUGGCGAGCCUACUUGCCAGAGGUGCAUCCAGUGCCGGAAGGGAGACCAGGAGGUGGUGGCCAAGUGCUCCCCCACCAGCGACCGGCAGUGUCAGUGCAGAAAGGGGAGUUUCUACUGCAACUCUGUGGACUGCGUGGAGAACUGCCUCCGGUGUACAAGAUGUCCUGGCGUUGUCCUGUCACCUUGCAAUGCUACCAGCAACACGGUUUGUGCCACAGAAACUGAUCGAGGGCGUCCAGAAAACAAACGUGGGUCUGAGUUCCUCGUGCCGUGGGUGACCGUGAGCGUCAUUCUUGCCGUGGCCGUCGUCGUCGGUGUUUAUUGGUAUAAGAAGAAAGGUGUGCGGGUCUCCUACCAGCCGAUCGUCAGAUUGUUGAAGGGAAGGUCGGACGGGCCAGGCGUCUUUCCACUGAGAAGCAACUCGCAGCUCGAGACGGUGCGACCCGAGGCGCCCCCGGCCCCCGGCACAGAAACCCAGCCUGCGGAGGAGGAGAGCCUGGCCUUGAUGCCCGAGGCCAGGCCCCACCCGGGGCCCUCAGGGGAGUCCGAGGAAAGCCCUGAGCUGCAGGCCUUGGUGGUCGGAGGAAGCCCGGUGGUCCAGGAGCAGACGUUAGAAGCCUCUGCUCCUGCCGCUCCGGAGCCCCAGGACGGGACCCAGGCGUUCCCUUCGCUCAAGAGUCUAGAGGAGCGAUACAAAAAGGAAUAUUUUGUCAAGGAUAACUCCAAAGAAGCUACCGCGACCAUCCAUUAUGAGUUUGUAAAGAGCAGCAUGGGAAACGACUGGAAGAUGUUCAUGAGGCUAAUUGGUCUGGAUGAGACGGACAUUGACUCUUGCGAAUGCGAGAAUCCAGGCAAUUUGAUGGAGCAGCGUCACAGGAUGCUCUUUACGUGGCGAAAGAAGCUGGGAAAGGAAGCUUCUGUUUUUAAACUCCUGGCUGCCGUCCAUAAACUGGGGCUUCAAAUGUAUUUGCAAAACAUUAUAAACAACUUAGUUGCCGAAGGUAUUUUAGGCAGGCAUGUAGGGACCUCCGACUAAAGUGAAGUUUUGGCGUUGGAUUGUGCCUUCAAGCAGGACUUCAAAUGGACUGGACGUGAUCUUCUUGCCCAGGUCUAUCCUAUUAGGAAUUGUUUGAGUCCCAGGUGAAGUUGUGUGCGUUCUCUGAAUUGAUUUCUACGGAACAUUUCCAUCAGGGAGGUCAGUUUUACGUGCCAGUCGAGAGUGUUUCCCUGCAAGGGACCGGGAGCUUCAGACACUGCCUGUGGGGACGUCCUGCGGGGACUGGGGAUUCUAGCAAGUUGUGGACUCUUGCCAGAGGGAUCCACUUACUGUGUCGAGUUGAUUCGCAUUCCUCAGCCCUCUUCUGGGUUCUGAGGCCAGGAGAGUUUGACUAUUUUUCUGCCAUGGCCUGCACCGGGUCCGAGUCACUGCGAUGUCCCCGGGACCUAGAACGGGGUGCCAUUGUGACUGAGUGCUCUGUGAGUGUGAACAGCUCAGUGACCAGGAACCUGUACCCGGCAGCUGCAUGAGACCAUCUCAGGGCUUCAGCCGGAGGCCUAGACCCCGGCCUGCUUUUUAAAAAAAUUUUUAAGGGGUGCCUGGGUGGCUCAGUCGGUUGAGCGUCCAACUUCGGCCGGCUCAGGUCACGAUCUCACGGUUCGUGGGUUCGAGCCCCACGUCGGGCUCUGUGCUGACAGCUCGGAGCCUGGAACCCGCUUCUGAUUUCUGUGUCUCCCCCUCUCUCUGCCCCUCCUCUGCUCACGCUCUGUCUCUCAAAAAUAAAUGUUAAAGAAUUUUUUUUUUUUAACGUUUGUUUAUUUUCAGAGAGAGCGAAUGACUCCAUGUUUCUAAGCUAAUCCGUGCUUAGAUUGGGCAGGUUGAAAGGAGGUCACAUAUUGUUUUUAACUCUAUUUCGUAAAAAACUUUUUAAUUCUAUUUCGUAAAAAACUCUAUUUCGUAAAAAAAAAAAAAAAAAAAAAAAAAAAAAACCACUCAGAGGCCUGAAUUCUUCAGACUCUGUCUCCCUCUUUCUCUGCCCCUCACCCAUUCAUGCGCGCUCUCUCUCUCUCUCUCUCUCUCUCUCAAAAAUAAGCCUGAAAAAAAAAUUUUGUGAAGUUACUGAUAUCAACAUUUUGUUCUUUAUUUUUACCUAAUAAAAUUUCCGUCUUAAGUA